AUGGCACAAGAAAAUGCGGCCUUCUCACCGGGGCCGGAGGAGCCACCGCGGCGUCGCGGCCGCCAGCGCUACGUGGAGAAGGACGGCCGGUGCAACGUCCAGCAGGGCAACGUCCGCGAGACGUACCGCUACCUGACCGACCUGUUCACCACGCUCGUGGACCUGCAGUGGCGCCUCAGCCUCCUCUUCUUCGUGCUCGCCUACGCGCUCACCUGGCUGUUCUUCGGCGCCAUCUGGUGGCUGAUCGCCUACGGACGCGGGGACCUGGAGCACCUGGAGGACACGGCGUGGACGCCGUGCGUCAACAACCUCAAUGGUUUUGUGGCCGCCUUCCUCUUCUCCAUUGAGACCGAGACCACCAUCGGCUACGGGCACCGCGUCAUCACCGACCAGUGCCCCGAGGGCAUCGUGCUGCUGCUGCUGCAGGCCAUCCUCGGCUCCAUGGUGAACGCCUUCAUGGUGGGCUGCAUGUUCGUCAAGAUCUCACAGCCCAACAAGCGCGCCGCCACGCUCGUCUUCUCCUCUCACGCGGUGGUGUCACUGCGCGACGGGCGCCUCUGCCUCAUGUUCCGCGUGGGCGACCUGCGCUCCUCGCACAUUGUGGAGGCGUCCAUCCGCGCCAAGCUCAUCCGCUCGCGCCAGACGCUCGAAGGCGAGUUCAUCCCGCUGCACCAGACCGAUCUCAGCGUGGGCUUCGAUACCGGUGACGAUCGCCUCUUCCUGGUCUCCCCUCUUGUCAUCAGCCAUGAGAUCGAUGCUGCCAGCCCCUUCUGGGAGGCGUCGCGACGUGCUAUGGAGAGAGACGACUUCGAGAUCGUGGUCAUCCUAGAGGGCAUGGUGGAAGCAACGGGAAUGACAUGCCAAGCUCGGAGCUCCUACCUGGUGGAUGAGGUGUUAUGGGGCCACCGCUUCACAUCAGUGCUGACCCUGGAGGAUGGCUUCUACGAGGUGGACUAUGCCAGCUUCCACCAGACUUUUGAAGUGCCCACGCCCUCAUGCAGUGCCCGGGAGCUGGCAGAGGCUGCAGCCCGCCUUGACGCCCAUCUCUACUGGUCUAUCCCCAGUCGGCUGGAUGAGAAGGUGGAGGAGGAGGGGGCAGCGGAAGGGGCAGGUGGGGAAGCUGAGGCUGACAAGGAACAGAAUGGCUGCCUUCCACCCCCAGAGAGUGAGUCCAAGGUGUGA